AUGAAGCUGUUGAGGUUUCUAAUGAAGCUUAUUCAUGAAACAUUCACCUUAGAGUUGAAAAAUAGAACACAAGUUACAGGAGCAGUUACAGGUGUUGAUUUUGCCUCUAGAAACUCUGUUAUUGAUGAUGCUCCACGCUCAAAAGCUCGGGGAAAGAGGGAGAGAGGAAAGCCUUGCACUGUGGUAGAAGAAGAGAUGGGCCUAGAGGACGAGGCAGGGGUGGGCCAAGAGGUGGUGGGGUGGAGGUGGGGUGGCCGUGGUGGUGGGCCAAGAUGUGGAAGGAGGUAA